AUGCAAACCACAACAUUCACCCCCCAAACAACCCUCUACCUAACCCUCCCCAACACCGAACCCUACGACACCAACCCCUGGUACAUCUUCGUGCCCCUGCACGGCAAAUUCACCGACCCCGACCUCCUCACCAUGCUCAUCCGCUUCAACUCAACCAUCGAGCGACCGCGGUACGAGUUCCAACUAUGCGGCGACUUGUCUAAGCGCGGCGGCGUGUGGAUCGAGGUCAUGGCAGCACCGGACUGCUCGCCUAGCGAUGUGAUGCUGCGGAUGUUUGCGGGGCUGCGGAUGCUGCAGGAUUUGGUGCUCGAUGGAGGGGAUGGGUUUGCGCUGGUGCUUCAUAAGGAGCCGGUUUAUGGGGUUGAUGAGUUUACGGAUGGGAGGUCUGGGUUGGGGUUGGAGGAGAGGUUGUUGGCUGCUGUGCCGAGACGGUGA